AUGAAGGGGACGCUGCUUCUGCUGGCCUUGCUGGUGACCGGGGAGCUGGGCUUCCAGACAACGGAAGCAUGCAUCCCUUUAUUUGAAGUCUUAACUCCAAUGGCCAUUGGAAGCAAGGAAAUAAUGAAUGCCGACCUUACCAAGUUUGACGCUACUGAGGGGGAAAGGAAGGGUUUUGAAAAAAUCCAGGAAUGCUACAAUGAGGGAGGAUUGAAAACCAAAUUCCUGGAUUCCACAGUUCUGAAAACCGUGACCCUCAGCCCACAAUGCAGUAAAUACUAUACCAUAGAUACCAUAGAGAAAAUUAAGGCACUCCUUUCCAAAUUCAACAUCCCUGGAAAACGAUGA